AUGAAUCCUCUUCGCUCGCUCACUCUGUCAACUAGUCUCUCUGUCAAUAUGCACGGCGUUCAGCUCUCCACCACCUCCCCCUUCGUCUACGCCCUCUUCGGCAUCCAACUCCCCAACAACAACAAUGACGAUGCCACCACCACAUCGGAAAAAACAACCCUGAUCACCCAAUUCGACAACCUCCUAUGCACCCACCCCGCGCACACAGACCACAUCGUCCAAGACAACACCACCUCUCUCCCCACCCGAGAAGGAGAAUCGCAAUGCGGUAAAACCCGCAUCUGGCUCACCUACUGGACCACCUCCCAGGACUACCAAGCAUGGUGGCUCAGUCCCUCCGUGCAGCAAUUCUGGUCCAAUUUGCCCGAUGACGCUGGGGUCUGGCGCGAGGUGAUGACGCUUCCGGCGAGUCGCACGCAACAUGGAACUAAUUGUCCCGAGGUCGCGGGCAUGGGUCACCUGGGGCCGCGCAACUCGGUUGCUGAUAAAUCGGGUUACUGGGGAUGUUAUCGACAGAGACUUACGGCGACGACGGUCGAGAAGGAUCCGUUAAAUUCAACUUUUCCUUUGGGUAAAGAUCAAGAGAAAGAACGUCGCUGUCCGUAUUCAGGCUCGAAUGAGACGAGUACCAGUAACAGUACCGGGACCGAAGCAGCCGAGGACCGUUCCCAUUCCAAAGGAAUCGUAAUCCCAGAUGAAAAAGUACCAUCAAAAACCCACCCCGGCCGAGUCCUCAUCACUAACAUUCCCGAUAACAUCUGCUUCGUCGUGGAAGGCCAAGACCACACAACACUAACGCCCUCCGAACGAGACCUAUGGUUCAAAUGCUACGACUCCCUAACAACACAAUGGUUCAAAGACCUCCUCCUCUCUACAAACAGUAACACAGCAACCCUCUUCUCAGACACAGGACCCAUAAACACACGUUUCUGCUACGAUCCAUCAUCGGAGAAAUACCGUCACGAGACAACCAUUCCAUCUCUGAACUAUAACAGGAAGAUCCAGCUCUUCUAUUUCCGAGACUUGGAGGCCCUGGAGCGGAUCGGGCGACAGAAUCUGGGACAUGUGAAGCUGCGGAAGACGUUUCUUGGAGCGUAUGGGCCGGGCGGGGAGAUGUUUGGCGUAGGGAACUUGGGGUUGUGGGUGGAGACGAGCGUGGUGAAGAAUGGGGAGAUGGAAUGUGAGCAGAAUGACUACGGACACAAUAGUUUUCUCCACUGCCACCCCUCCCUUGGUGCUAUUUGGGCCCACUGGAAACCCCAAUUUAAGCUGCUUACAAGUUGGAUCCACUUACCACCGGAGUAA